AUGUCAGGUAUGGGUGGGGGAAACAGCACAGGGAUGACUGAAAGCAGAUUUUUCAAGGGUUUGAUUGUGUUGGACAUAUACCCUGAUGACAUUACUGUAGUGGGCACCAAUAUUUAUGGGGAUUACUCUGAGAAAAUGGCCCAGAUGGACCAGGAGGAUGGUUUCAUGAGUUGGGGUAGAAGAGGGAGCCUUGAUGGUCCCAAUUCAUUGUUUGACAUUGUUUACCAUGUGAUAUACCAUAAAGCCAAGAAGUCACUAUCUGUGUGUGUUUUGCAAGUUCCAGAGUUCCCAGAGUCUAAGUGCAUAUAUUGA